UUGUGUCAUGUUUAUCUCGAUAUCGCAUGGUUUCCAAUAAAAACUUUGGAGGUCAAGUGUAGUAGGCGUAUUUAUAUCAAAACGAGGCUAUGCGCCGCGUCUGCGGGGGCGGUCAUUAACUGGGUCGCGCGGGGACAAAGACCUCAGUCGGGGGAGCGGGCGGCGGGGUGCGGGCCGGAGGGAGGGAGGGAGGUUUCGCUUUCCACCGGAGCUCCCUUCGAUGUCAGCUUGCUGCUCUCUCGUCUAAGUUCGUGUGAACCACCCCCCGACGGUGCGUGCACAGUCUCCACAAUGAAUGUUUACCGUUCGCGCUCUCGAUAG